AUGGAGCGGGAAGGGUUUGAGGUCAAGUUAAUGAUUUCUUUCCGUUCUUUGACUCGCGAUUCAUGUUUUUAUGGAGAAGGCAAACAAAGGAGCAUCAUUGGUGAAGUAGAACAGCAUCGGAAUGGAAUUUCUGUUGAAGGCAUAAUUUUCAUUGAAGAAACUAUCAACAUAGGAAAAAGGGAAAAAAUUGUUUACACUUCUCAUUCCAAUCCAGCCAAUAGUGCACAGCUGGGAAAUAAAAUAAAGUUGUUGAACUUAUUUAAGUUUUUUGACAUCACAGAUAAUCAUAAAUAUCUCCGCGCACAAACAUUCGUUUGGUUUAACGUUAAAGCACAUCAGAUCUUAAAUGGAAUGAAUUUUAACCUGCGGAAUGAUGGAAAUAGAGGAAAUACCGGACCAUUUAUUCAACUGACAGACGAAUUUAAUCUUAAAAAAGCCGCACAAAUGAGGCUAUCCGACGGGGAUCAAGAGAAUCAUUUAGCACGCACACAUGUUCAUGAAGGAGCAAAAACAGAUUAA